AUGGUGGCCUUUGAUUUCUUGGGACCUCUACCACAAACCAAGAAAGGAAGACAGUAUGUGUUUCUGAUGGUUGAUCUGUUUGGCAGGUAUGCUGAAGCAUAUGCAUUAACCGCUGCAGAAAAGACAGCUCAGGGAUGUUCCGCAAUACUGGUGCAACAGUAUAUCCCUAGAUGGGGUUGUCCGCACACAUUUCUGUCUGACAGAGGGGCAGAGUUUACCGCACCUAUGAGCAGGGAGAUAUACCGGAUGCAGGGAACGGUGAAAAUGUUUACUAGCUCAUAUCACCCACAGACAAAUGGCAUGGUGGAACGUCUGAAUCAUACCCUAUGUCAAAUGUUGUCUCAUCUAAUUGCGGAUGACCAGAAGAAUUGGGAUGAAUAUUUGAGUACUGCAAUUGCAGCACACAAAAACAACAUGAGCAGGGGAACCGGAUUAUCUCCCAACGAGAUCCACAUAGGUCGNACCGGAUUAUCUCCUAAUGAGAUCCACAUAGGUCGAUAUACCAGAUUACCGAUGACGAUCUUGGAAGGUCGUGGGGUAAAGGGUCACCAGAGCUUUAAACAAGAUCAGCUCGACUAUCUCGAAUUAAUGAGGGCUAGACAAGUUAAAGCCUAUGAUCUGGUUAAAGAAGAACCGAUUGAUCAAAGCUAAACACGCUAAGGCUAACGAAGCUUUGGUGAAGGAGCUCAAAACCAGGCGCCCUAAAAUUGACGCGAACGAUUGGGUGUGGUUGUACAAUGAUCAAAGCACUAUAACUGGAGGAGGGAAACAUGUGCUGAAACCUCAAACAAUCAAGUCUGGAGAGAGAAAAUCCUUUGCUUUGGUGUCCAAGUUGGCAUACUGUUGGACUGGACCAUAUCGGGUGUUAUUUGUUGGACCUGGAACCGCGCCUGAUGGCAGAGAGGUGGGGCCUAAACUGGUGCUCUUAGAUGUACGAAAGGAUGAACCGGGAAGAGACAUAACAUCUCGGGUAUCUGUAUUGAGGGUGAAGAAAUGUUUUAGCCCCCAUUCAGAGGAUGACAAACCAAGGUUUUUACCG